AUGCGGGUUGACGUCAUCAUCGCCGCUUCUCUCUCAGCCGCUCUCACCUUCUUCCUCUCCCGUCGCCUCGCUCCAUCCAAACCUGACUCAAAAUCAUCAAAAGCCGUCAACGCCGCUGUUGACGAUGACGGAAUUGACAGAACGCCGCCAGCCGAGCCCAUCGCGUCCUUCUCAUCGCCCGAUAUUGUCAACGUGAAAUCUCUGCCACGUGUACGGUCGGAGAUGGAGGUGGAGGACGAGCAGGACUAUCAGUUCCUCACGGUCGCGGCGGAGGAGGCGGAGGCGGGCGCGCUGGAGAAGGACGGCGGGCCGUUCGGCGCGGUGAUCGUGCGCAACGGGGAGAUCGUGGCGCGCGCGCACAACGAGGUGCUGAAACACAAGGACCCCACGUGCCACGCCGAAAUCAUCGCCAUCCAGAAGGCGUGCAAGGCGCUGGGGAAGAUAGAGCUGUCGGACUGUGUCAUCUACUCCUCCUGCGAGCCAUGCCCCAUGUCCUUCGCCGCCAUGUACCUCGCCCGCCUCCCGGUCAGUCACCCUCUCCUGCUUCCUGUACCAAUGCUCCCUGUCUCCAAUGCCCCCCACUGCUUGCUUUGCUCCCAAUGCCCCAUGUCCUUCGCCGCCAUGUACGUCGCCUGCCUCCCGGAGAGUGAGAACUGGCUUCCAUACCCUCAUGCCACCUCCAUACCCUCGCGGCUGGUGUACGGGGCACAGGCAGAGGCGGCACACGACUUGGGGUACGACCCGUCACACGUGGCAGACGCUAUAAGAGGCACGGCCACAUUUCAGAAGAGCAGCUGCCGUGUCAAGCGCAUCGUUCACCCCGAGGUGGCUCGCGUGUUCUGGAAGCACCGCAGCACUGUGCAGAUCUACUAG